AAUAUAAUAUGUUCCAUUGUCUUGAAAAGUAAUUUUAACUCAUUUUUUCGAGGACGCGUAUUUUUUAUUUGAAGAAUUGUAGGCUUCUAUUAUUAAAUUGAAAACUUAAACUUCUUAGCAAAUACGACGAUUUAUAUAUUAUUUAUUAUUCACAUUACUUCACGCGAAAUAUUCAAUACGAAUGGCUAUUAGAGAAGUUUGGGAACAAUACAAAAAGCAACGUGAUGGUGAUCAUUUCACUGACAAUGCUUCAUUUGUUUUCGUACCAACUGCUUCUGGUGCAAGAGGUUAUGAUGCUGUUAGGCAGUUUCUUUCUACAGCAUAUGACUCUCGCAUAAUUAGUGUAAAAGAAAAAGUGAUUAUCCAAACUAUUGGAGAAAACUCUGUUGUUGAAGAAUCGGAAACUACGAUUAAUUUUAUUAGUGGCGAUGGUGCUUGGCUCGUACCAGGCGUUGAUAGUCGAUAUACGAUUGAAAAUCAAGUUGUAAUUCCUACCAUUACUUCUGCAUCAUUUGAAGGUGAUAGAAUAUCUUCCAUACGUGUAUAUUGGGAUCAAGCAUCUGCUUUGAAACAACUUAGAUUAAUUUCCGAUAAGAACUCUUGGCCUAUUGUUAGUGAUAGACAAGUUGAUGCAAUACGCGAUAUAUCAUCUGCUCAUCUCAAUCCAUUUGGUAAAACUGAUCAUUUGUCUGCUGGUAUUGGGAAAAUGAACCUUAACCAACCGGCUGGUCGUCGACCUGUUCAUACGUCUAGUCGCGUCAAUCAACCCGGCGGUACUGGCGGUAAAUCUACUAUUUUCGAUGAUAUGAGAAGUGAUGCCCAUGAGGAUAUUGUUCAACGUGGCAAGCGUCAUACUAGUCGCGUCAAUCAACCUGGAGGCACUGGUGGUAAAACAUCUUCGCUUUUUGGUGAUAGUGAUACCACUUCCGAAGAUAAUACUAACCGCAGGUUCAAUUCAAAUAAGAAUGUUUCUCAGUUCUCUAUUGGAGGCGAUGAUGAUUCGCAACAUGAUACUUCUUCCAUAACAGGAUCUUCAAGAAGACGAGGAAAAUCUCAGAUCGAAUCAUCCGUUGAAUUGGGUGACGAUGGAGGUAAUCCACCACCGCAACGUUCUUCUGUUAAACCUUCAAGUCGUAUUUUGAGACCUCCCGGUGGUGGUGGUUCUCAAUUUACUUUUGGAUAAAUGAACUCCUUUAUUUUCAUUUCAUCCUUUAAAAACAAUUUUAUUUAAAAGAAAAUUUCUAUGAAAUAAUAAAAUAAUAGACUUAUCAAUGAAUAAACUAGAAGUGAUUACUACUGUAUAUAAAUUUAGUUACAGUGCUGGCAAAAAAUGCAAAAAAAUGCGAUAAACGAGAAACCAAUGAUUAAAUUGCUUCAAAUUUUGUAGAUUUGUUGCCAAAUGUAUCACUAUUACGUAUAUAAAUUAUCAGCCUUUUAUCUUAUUUAUUUGUCUCACAAUUGAUUUUUUAAUUCAAAAAAAAAUUGUAAAAUAUUUAGUCUGAAAUUCUGAUUUAAAAUAUA